CAAGGUGGAUUCAUCUUGAUAUUAUCUAUAAUCGUAGUGAUAAGUAACAUUUAAUAAUAACACAAUUAUUUACCAACUAGCGUUUAAACUAAGGUGAUUUAUAAAGUGGCUGCACUGAAAAUCACAAACUGUUCGAAUGAAUUGCGCAAGCGCAAACGGAGUACACAAUAAUAAUAAUAUGAUAAACAUUUUCAUCUUUCCGCUUUCGAUACAUUCUGUGAACUGUAGAGACUAAACAGAGAUUGUUGAAUUGAAGAUAAAAUUGGCGAUUCUAUUUCUAUAUUUUAUGCACGAUAUUUGUUAUUUUAAAGUUUUAUGGUUGUGAGUUUUUUUUUUUUAAAUUUAACUAUUUCUCAAUUGUUUUUAAAGGAACAAACUCUUAGUCUUUUAAAUUACAGCGGAUUACUACAUUUCUACCACAUUAGUUGAUAACCACUGGAAUUAACCAAAUUCAUAUACAAAAUUCUUUAUGUUAUUCUUGGGUGAUGGGUUUCUUCAGUUCGUUGCGAAGUAUCAAAAAAUGGUUUACUGAUAAAACUGGGUUAACUGGAACACAAGAAGUAACCAAACGCAAGCACGAUGAUUGUGAACCAGUAGCUAAUAAAAGAGCACGGAUGGAUGAUAGUUUGGUGGAAGUGGUUGAGAUAAGUGAUGAAUCACUAUCUGAAACGGAAGAGGUGGAAAUCACUGAGCCAGGGCCGUCUACAGUUCCCCUCAGAGCUAGCCCUCCUGUAUUUUUAAGUGACCAACGUCAUUUCCAAAGAAGAACCCUAUCGCCAUUUACUAUGAUAGAUCUAACUAGCAGCAGCGAUGAUGAGAAGAAAACUAAACAUGCUCGAUAUAGUCUGGCAAACCCAUCACAGUUUUCGAGUAGAACCAAGCAAUUAGUUAGAAGUGCGAGUUCAUCUUCAACAAUGUUUAAAAGAACGAAUAGUCCAUCCAUGGAACAUAGUUUUUCUUCAUUACAUAUAAAUAAAACUUCAACACACAGUGACAGUGAACGAAUUCUAGGUCUUAUUUUGAAGAAUUACGCUCUGCCUAAAUCUAAAUCUGAAGCUUUAGAACUAUCUACUUCUUGUUCUACAUCCCCUGUUUCUAUUCACAAACAAAACACUAUGAAUCAAACUAAUAUGUCCAAUAAAUCUGGGAAAGAAAAUGUCAAUAUUCCUGAGCUGAGUUUUUACAAAAAUAGAAAAAUAGAACAAGAAACAUUUUAUAAUCGUAUACUAAGAAAAUUCAGAGAAAAACAGGCGGCAUCAACAUUAAUAUCAGAUCGUCAGAAGAAAUCAUCUGAUGAUGUAUUUUUGGAGAAGCUUCAAACUAUGAAUAAAGAAAUUGAAAAAAUUGAACCAAAAAAAAAACAAGAAGUAUUUCCUGGUUAUAGCAAAGAAGUAACAGAUUUUAUUUCCCAAAAAAUGUCCGGACCACAAAAUGAAUUUAUUGUUAAAGGGAAAAACAUUAAAAAGAGUGAUCUCAGAACUAUUUAUUCUCCUACAGCAUGGUUAAAUGACGAAGUUAUCAAUCAUUAUAUGAACAUGAUUGUUGAUCGAGAUCCUAAGUCAUUACAUACAUUUGAUACAUUCUUUUAUACUAAAUUAUCUUCACAAGGAUAUGAAUCUGUACGACGAUGGUCAAGAAAGAAGGACAUUUUUGCUUGUAAAAAAAUGUUUAGCCCCAUACAUUUAGGAAACCAUUGGUGUCUCAUUUGUGUGAAUUUCAUUGAAAAAACAAUUAAAUACUAUGAUAGUCUUGGAGGGACAAACCCAAAGUGUUUAAAUGCAAUAAUGUACUAUUUAAAAGAAGAGCAUAAAAACAAAAAGAAUUCAGAACUCGACUGUAGUGGUUGGCGAUUAAUGGAAGCUAAUGAUUGCCCUAAACAACGGAAUGGAUACGAUUGUGGAGUGUUUGCUUGUAUCAACGCAGAGUUCUUGUCGCGUGAUGCAAAAUUAGACUUUACUCAAGAAGAUAUGCCACAACUGAGACACAGGGUGUGUUAUGAAAUAUUGAGAAAUCGAUUGUGUUUUUGAUAAUGUACAAGAAAAAAGAAUAUAUAUUUUGAUUCCUUUCAGUUAUUAA